AUGGCAAAGAAUUCGAUUCUGUUCUGCUUCUCUUCUUGUUAUUAUAGGAUUCCAACAUCUGUUUUCGUGCUCUUUUCCUUUCUUUUUGGCUGCUCGCUUUCAGUAAACCAGUUGGCUCCGUACAAUACCUUCACCGUUUCCAGUUUUAGUUACCCAACAACUAAUGUCAAGCCGUUUGAUUUGCGUUAUAUACGAGUUGAUUUGCCGGAAUGGUUCUCUUCUGUGUCCGUAACAGUGAAGUCGGAUGUAGACCUUGAUGUGAAAAGCAUAUCAAAGGUUCCUAAGAGCGCACUGCCACUAAUCUGCAUCAGAGAUGGCAGUCCUCCUCUGCCAGAUGUCCUAAACAGUUCUUUUAUAGAACUAGGAUCCUUCUCCAAUGGAUCAUUUCAAAAAAUUCUAGGUCCUCAGAAUGUGCUAUGCUAUCCAAUGCAGAGAAAUAUAACAGUGACACUCACAAAUGAGCAGAUAUCUCCAGGAGCUUGGUAUCUAGGUCUUUUUAAUGGCAUCGGACCUACAAGGACACAAUCAAAAAUGAUUAUCCGUAGCCCAGCAUACUCCUUUAGUGCCAACAUCAGUGUGGAAGAAUGUGCAACAUCAACAAUGUGGGGGCAGUAUUGCAAUCAGACAAUUGACCCUCUUUCAUGUUACCAAGCUGACAGCUACAAUCAGACAGAAAUUAUUUCUGGUUCUAACUUACAAACAAUACAAAAUGUGAUUUCAUGUAAAAAUUUGGAAAGUUCUUGCCAUGGAGAAGGUGAGCCAAAAGUCUAUGCAUUGGAGGUGUUGGGAAUGGCAGAACAAUUAACAAUUAUGGCAACAAAUGUCAGUCUCACUGCUGCCCCAUCAAAUAGCAUUGUUAACGCAGAUGUUGCGAACUUAAUGUAUUUCGCUCGGCAUGGUGCAAUGCCUUCAAUGGCACUAUAUGAUUAUUCUGGCGACAUGAGUAAAGCUCCUCUCAUCAUUCGUUUGCCAAAGGUUGGUCGAUGGUUUGUUACUAUUUUACCCACUAAUCUUUCAAAAGAAGUUGGAGGGAUUCAGGGUAAUAAUUUGCAAGUUUGCUAUUCCAUUACAUGGCAAGUGCUCAAAUGUCCGGUGGGGAAGGCUGGAUUGAAUUGCUCUUCAGAUAAAUACAUGCUUCAGACAGUUCUCAGGAGAGACUCCACUCCCUUUGAAUCCUAUUAUUUGCCCCUUAGUGGAAAAUUGUCACCAGAUUCAGCUAAUUUUCCUCUUGAACCCCUUUCAAGUAAUUUGUCAUACAGCGCCGAAAUAGAUAAUUCUUGGACAUAUUUUGUUUUGAACAUUCCUCCUGGUGCAGCUGGAGGGAACAUCCACAUCCAGCUGACUUCAGAUGUGAAGAUAAACUAUGAAAUAUAUGCUAGAUAUGGUGGAUUACCAUCUCUUGACAGUUGGGAUUAUUAUUACGCAAACAGAACAAGAAGCAGUAAUGGUUCCAUGUUUUUCAUGUCAUAUAAUUCAACUGAAGAAAAGGUUGAUGUUUACAUUCUAUAUGUUAAGGAAGGAACUUGGACUUUUGGAUUAAGGUCUUUAAUUACCACCAUUAGUCCUUCAAAUGAUCAGACUGUCAUGUCGGUCUCUGUUGAGAGAUGCCCAAAAAGAUGCUCUUCUCAUGGGGCGUGCAAAGUAGCUCUGGAUGCCAGUGGGUUGACUUCAUACAGCUUCUGCUCCUGUGAUCGAACGCAUGGGGGCUUUGACUGUAGCAUCGAGAUUGUAUCACAUCAAGGGCACAUAUGGCAAUCGAUUGCUCUAAUUGGAUCAAAUGCUGCGGCUAUACUUCCUGCAUAUUGGGCUCUUAGGCAGAAGGCAUUUGCAGAAUGGGUUCUCUUUACUUCAAGUGGAAUUUCAAGUGGAUUAUAUCAUGCAUGUGAUGUUGGCACCUGGUGUGCAUUAUCCUUUAACGUCUUACAGUUCAUGGACUUUUGGCUGUCUUUCAUGGCAGUGGUGAGCACUUUUGUAUACUUAACCACCAUUGAUGAAGUUUCUAAACGAGCAAUUCAUACAGCUGUUGCCAUCCUGACAGCCCUAAUGGCGAUAACUAAGGCAACCAGGUCUUCUAAUAUUAUUCUCGUGAUGGCAAUUGGCGCACUUGGUCUUCUCAUUGGAUGGUUGGUAGAAUUCUCAACCAAUUUAAGGUCAUUUUCCUUUUCAAGGGGAUUCUGUUUAAAUGUGCCCCCGAGAUGGGAAGCCAUUGGACCACGGCUCAAUGAUUUAGUCAAGACACUUUUGAGAAGAUUCCAAUGGGGUUUCGUGCUAGCAGGGUUUACUGCCCUGGCCAUGGCAGCGAUAAGCUGGAAGCUGGAAAGCAGCGAAAGCUACUGGAUAUGGCACAGUCUGUGGCAUGUCACCAUAUAUACAUCUUCCUUCUUGUUCCUUUGUUCAAAAGUAGACAUUAUAAAUAGUGAAAAUCAAACAACGCCAGAGGGAAACUAUGGGUUGACACGGCAGGAUUCAUUUCCAAGAGCUGAACCAUAG